AUGUCAGGUCGUGGAAAGGGAGGUAAGGGAUUGGGCAAGGGAGGAGCCAAGAGGCACAGGAAGGUGCUUAGAGAUAACAUCCAGGGUAUUACAAAGCCAGCAAUUCGUCGAUUGGCACGUAGGGGUGGUGUUAGUGAAGCAUUUUACUUGUAUAUCAGGAGAAAGACUGUUACUGCUAUGGAUGUUGUCUAUGCUCUUAAGAGACAAGGCAGGACUCUCUAUGGUUUUGGUGGUUAG